AGUCGUGCUUUGCCUUCCGUUUCGAAAGCACCGCCGUCGUUGUUCCGCUCGUUAACGCGUCCCGUAUCGUUCCAACCUUAAUUCCCCUCCACACAUGUGCGCGCAAUUUUAUCUUCUUGCCCUAGUAAAAUUUCUCCAAAUAUAUUAACACUUUAAAACGAUCGUCUUUAUUUACCGCGAUUCCGCUAAAUUAACUUGCUAAAUUACGCCUUUUUUCUCCCUUCAAAUUUAUAUUAUAUCAAUCCCAUUUCUCUUCUUUUCCAUUUAUGAUGGAAAUUACGAGCCGUCCUGUUCCACAAUCCUCGAUACUUUUCAAUACUGAAUUUUUAAACGAAAUAUUGUAGCAAAAUAUUAGUAGGGGGAAAAGUGAGUGUGUGUCUGCGCGUUGAAGACUUUGGAUAUACAAUAGUUUGGAAGCUGAUCUCACUCGUAUCAUUCGUAUCUGUUUAGAGGGUUGAUAGUUGAAAACACUCUUGAGCCUCGUCGAGUCGGAAACUAUCGAAAUUCGCGAGGAAAAGAUCCGUUCGAGAUGAAACGAUUAUCCCGGCUCUUUCUUCAAAUCUUGUUCCUGGUCUCGAUCGCAGCCUCGAGUUUAUCAGCGUCGACGAGGUCUCGGGGGAAGAAGAAGGUCGCCAAGGAGGUGAAAGACGCCAACAUAUGCGAGAUAAAGGGGAUGCAGGCCCCCAUGUAUUGUUAUUGCAACAGCAACGAGUUGAGGAACGCCACGGAUGCCACUUGCGUCAUAUUAAACCCGUUCACCAACAGCGAUCCGACAUGGAACAACUUCGACUCGCAGAUCUACCUGCAAAAGCUCAAGUUCGUAGUUCGAACGCCCAACGGAUUGGAUUACAUACCCGUCCAGUUGCUCACGCUACUCAAGAACUUGCAAAUUAUCACGAUUCAGGACGCGAGCAUCAACGAAAUCGCGGAAUACGCGUUCUCCAACCUGCCCAUCAUCACCGAUAUCAAUUUAAGUAGAAACUCCAUUUCGACCCUCAGGAUGCACGCGUUCGAGAAUAUGAAAAAUCUAACGAUCGUUUAUCUCAGCGAGAACAGGAUCACCGAGAUAAAUAGGGACGUAUUCGUCAAUCUGCCGUCCAUGAAGAAUCUCUAUCUGAACGAGAACAACAUCAAUACAUUACACGACAAGGCGUUCAAGCAUCUCGCCUCUCUAAAGGAACUGGACCUGUCCAACAAUCAGAUAAAGGUGAUCACCGCGGACAGUUUUCACGGGUUAACGAGUUUGAUCAGUUUGAAUCUGCGGGGCAAUUUAAUCGCCAUGGUCGGUGAUCGAACGUUCAUCGAGAUGCCCUCGUUGACGGAAUUGGAGCUGGAUCAGAACGAGAUCAAAUACAUCACGGAGAAAGCGUUGGACGGGAUGAGGAACCUGAAGCAACUCACGCUCAGCGAGAACGAAUUGGUAACUCUCGAGCCGGAUUUCCUUGCCGGGGCACCAGCGGUGUACAUGCUCAAUUUGAGGGACAAUAAACUCAAGACCAUGACUUUCGACAAUAUCAAGCCUAUCGUGACCAACUUGUACAACACUACCAGUCAUUUCUAUCUGAGCGGCAAUAAACUGAUCUGCGAUUGCAAACUAGCGUGGAUCUGGGGUCUCAGGAACGAGACGAAGAACGUAAAGCUACGGGACUCUCUGGAGGAGCUUACUUGCUUCUUGGAGAGCAAUAACGCAACGCUGAAGAUGAACAACAAGGAAGAUCUGGAAUGGAACGAGGCGCUCGAGAAUGCACGAAAUACUGAGGAAUAUCGGAGCGGGAAUUCGAGAGACGGCAGUAUCGAGGACGAUGACGCUUACAUGGGCGACGAGUACGAGAGUAAAGAUGGAUACGAGGAUUCUUCCUCGAAUUCCGAUUUUCAACCAAAGGUACAGAUGGUGGAGGGUAAGCUGUGCUACGUGAAGAACCUGUUCGAGCUGAAACUAGAGGAGCUUCCGUGCCCAGAACCCUCGAGGGAGGAUCUAAUGGCGUCCGAGCAACCUUCGAGUCGGCACGAGAACGCUCGCGUCGGUUCCUCAGGUUCCAUAUGGUUCUCAUCCUCGGCCGCUCUUAUUCGCCUUCACCUGUCCGUCCUUUUGUACUCUCUUCUCCCGGUCCUAUCGGUCCUGUUCACGUAGAACCGGCUUUAUUCGCCGCCAACGAGCAGAUCGCCGGAAGGACGACCAUCCGUCUCCGAGAAAAAGGACGGUUCUCGAUAUCUCGAUACGUAAAUACCUGCAUAACCGAAUCGUGCGAGGUGUGUACGCGUGUGAAUCGUCGCGCGUGUCCUCGCACGGAAAUCAAAAUUUUAUGCUUACGCUCUUUUUCCAUCGGUCAACUGACGCGGGAUAUAGAAAUAGUUUCUCCAGAUUUUUCAAACGUCGAAUAAUCGUAAUAAUGCAAAAAGCGAAAAAGAUUUUUUAGAAUUUUCGAUCGAUCGAAACGAUCCGAGUCGUUAAAAAUGAUCGAGUAUAAAUUAUACGCGUGCGAUUAUCCUCGGCGCGAUUCAAGAGCAUCGUUAGAAUUCGAAUAGAAGUGGAUCGACGGUCGAAGGAGUAUCACUGAUAUCGGUUCACCUAGCGGAAAAAGAGAGAGCGAACGAUGGAUCUGACCCAGCUUGCGAGGACACGCCGAAAACGCGUCGUCCGAUGUGGAAACGGAAUUAUCGAACGUGAUUCCGCCGGAUGUAUCUCGAUACACGUAACUCGAGAUGAUAAAACACCAAAAUUGUUCGAUUCCCGUUUUUCUAUAUAAGCACAACGGUCUCGUUAUCAACGGUCGCGUACGUGUAUAAGGCUGCUUAUCAGUAACUGCCAUUUUUCAUUCGUAAUUUCGUAUCGUUAACUUUUCGCGCGCGAUUUUUCUUAUUAACUCGCCCGAUGUUAAACAAGUUUGUAAAUAUGUCCGUCAGAAACGGUCUUCGUGCGUUCUUAAGAGAGAGAAAAAAAAUUGUAGAAUAAACCUUACGCUCGUUCUUUUAUACUUUUACACGGACUAAUCUAAUAUCAAGGUUCCAAGAUCGAAAUUUACCAAGUUGCGACGGAUAUCAUUUAACGAAACGUUUAGCCAUUAGUAGAAACGUUCGUGAAAUCGAUCGUUUCGUACAACUCGAUAUCAAUUAAUUAAAAAAUGUUGGGGAAGUAGCGAUAAUAAGUCUAAUUUCGAAUUCUAUAAUCUCGCGUAAAAUUUACGUUAAAUAAAAAGUUUUCAAAUGGAUAAUCAACAAAAAUAGAAAAAUAGAAACGAGACUCGUAUCGCGAUCGAUUUUAAGAUAAGAAAAAAAAUAUAAAUCCCACCAAGAUUUGUUCGUUUCAUCGAUCACGGGAUAACGAUUUGUAAUCGAUUUAUUUAAUUACACAUAUCAUCAAGGAAUUCCCAGAAAACUGAGGAAGGAGGGUGAGAUGGAGGAGAAUAAAUCAAAAAUUCCAUCAAUAAUCCAAUAUUUUCGAUUCAUCAAAAAUAUUAUUCGCCAUUAUACAGAAUGUUCAGAAUAUAUUCACGCGGAACGUGUUCGAAGGAUCGAUUUCAGAGGCCGAAAUAAACGCGAAGGUUGAUAUUUUACAAAGAUUUUUGGGCGCAUUUAUCAAGUUAUAAAUAAUUUAAAUUCGUAUUAAAAGAGAGAGAACGAUCUACAAACGAUCUACAACGAUCUCUUCGUUCAUAAUAACAUAAUACAACAAAUAAGUGUCGAUCGGACAUUUUUGUUCAUUUUUUCAAUACUUUUGUGUUCGUUUUGAUCUGUCAAAGAUCAACGAAAGAUCACUCGUGUGUAUCGAUCAACGCUUUGUAAAAAUCAACGUUUCGAUAUCUACUUGUAUCUUUCCAUUUUCACGAAGACUCUUCUGACCGAAUCUGAUUCAUCGUCGUUUAACACCGCUCCAAACGUUUCCCUAAAUAGACGCGCGCGCACGUAUAAUAUAUUAAAAUUGUUUGAACGAGUCGACAAUUUCUGAUCAGCCGCAUCCUCGCGAGACUCUCGGAAGUUGAGCGGAAACGGAAAUUGAUCGUGAAUACGAAGCUUACGAGUCAAUUCCCCGUGCGAUCGUGCUGAUUUUACCGUUAUGGAUCGUCCUCCGUUCCUUUUCUAUUCAUCCGUUGAUCGACCAAUAUUUAAUCUUAUUGAUUACCAUAGGAUUAAAUAUCGAUGAUUCUCUUUACCGAGAAAAUCGAGAAACUAAUCUCUAAUCAGAUUUAAGUAUCGAGCCGCUUGAUAUAUCGAUUAUCCUCAGUUUUAUUUCUACUUUAUGUCAUUAAUCCAUCGAAUCGUUCGCGAGUUUUCAUGAUUUAUUCCUUUCAUUCGUGAAUAUCGAUCGAUCGAUACAAGUACCUAAUAAUCACAGACGAACAUGAUCGUCGAACAAAUCGUUGUCGACGUUUCGCUAGUCAAAACGCGUUAUCGUAGCGUUCGGAUUCUAAUUAGCGUUGAACGAAAGGAAGUGAUUGGCGUGAUUGGCGAUCGAGUAGCAAGGAAAGUAGGAACGAAAGAAAAAAAGAAAACGCAACUGAUCUUCGUUUUUUUAUAAUCGGUUUAUCCUGAAUAUUGAAAAAUCUAGAAAGAAAAGAAAAAUCUAUCAAAGAAGAAAUUUCAAAUUUUGAUUCGAUAGGUAAUAUCCUCGCUGCUAAAUCCUCGACUCGCGAUCGAAUUUGCAAUUUUCAACGUUUAGAAUCUAAUUAAGCGUGUUUCGUGACACGUUGGUGCGGUUUACGCGACAUUCGAUCGCUAAAUUGGCGCGGUCUCGAGGUUUUUCGAAAGAAGGGGGGAGGGAAGGAAGGAUGAUGCGGCCUCCCUUCGUCUCCGUCAAGCCUCCUUCUUUGGCCAACUGGUUUAAUUACGCCCCUAAUUGAACGUCAGACAAUCGAGGGAAAGAAGGAAAAAAGCGAGUGAAUUGGUCGUUCGCGACGAUACACAGCGAAUUUUCUUUUUUUCUUUUCCUUUUAGAGCCGCGGAGAGCAAACGAAAAGAUAAAAGAACCACGAACGAUGAAAAAAAAGAAAAAAAAAAAAGAAAGAAAGAACGUCGUCUUUUUUUAAAUACCGUAUCAUAGGAAAACAGUGUUCUUGGUAAAUUGGACGAAUACCUCUCCGUUUCGCUUUUCGACUCCUCUUCUGAGUGCUAUCUUUUACCUCUUAACUGAUUAUUCGUAAAUAGUUAAGUUUUAUCGAGAAUCGAGAAAAGCAGAAUAGUUAGAUUUAAAUUUCUUUUUGUCUUCGUUUUCUAAAAGAGCCGUUGCGAUAUCGUAAGAAAUUUUUAGAUUUCAAUUACCUUUCAAUUACGUAAAAUAAACGUAGUAGGAUAGAGAUAUCGAUCAUCUUUAUUAUUCAUUACGACAAAAUGUUCGAACAUUCGAGUCAUCUCAAGAUAUUCAAGAUCUCGUUAAAUUAAUAUGUUCUAAAAAAAAAAAAAAAAAGAUAGAAAACCAAAGAUAUAAAAUUAUCGAGAAGAUAUCCAAUCCCUCGACUCGUAUUAUUCGCUCGUCAAAUUUUUCUCCAAAAAUUCGUAUAUGAUUAUGAUUACGUCUAAAUUCACUUUCUAAUUAAGUAAGUUUACUAAUUUGAAAUAUAUCCCUCUCCUAAAAAGCAAAAAAAAAAAAAAUCGAGAAUUACACACAUGAUGGAACGAGAUUGAAGAAACACAUAUAAAUAAAAUUUUUUUGUUACUCCUCUUUUUUUCUUUUUAUAUAUAUAUAUAUAUAUAUUUUUUAUAUUACGAUCCUGCCUCAUUUUUAUCAUAAAAAUGCCAAACUAUCGAAGCGAAAUUGGCGUCCAGGAUCAAAUCCUUCUUGAUAAUGAUGGACGACCGACUAAUAACGUGGAAUAUCGCUUGCCCCGCGCGAUCUAGAAGAAAAAAAGAAGCAAAAAGUGGAAGAAAGUAGAAAAAUGGAGAAUUAUCGAUGAUGUUGAGAUUGUUUGUCAUAGUAUAUGCGUUAUUAUAUAUAUAUAUACAUAUAUAUAGCAUCGCAAUAUACAAUAUAGUAUAUGAAUAGUCGGAUUGCAAAAUGAUCUUGGCCGGAAGGACGAAGUUGAUCAGUCGAUAGAAGAAAAAAGACGAUGAAAACGCACAUUGAAGACGUAGUUUAACAUCUGUUAAAUAUCCUGAUGUUGUUUUUUCAACUUUUUAUUUACAAUUUUCUUUUUCAGUCAAUUUACGCGUCCUAUUUCUUAUUGUUAAUACCGAUAUUACGAUUUGCUUUUUAAUCAUCUUUUUACCAUUAUUAUAAUCUUUCGAGUAAUUAUCAUUCAAAUAUAUUUUUUGUAUUUCGACAAAACGAUACGUAAAUUAAUAUUAUACGUUAUAUUUAAAUAAUUGAACUACACUAGAAAUGUCUCUGAAAAAGAUAUAAUCUAAAAUUUAUCUAUACUUUUCCUAUUUCACAUAGCGUAAAAUGAAAAAAAAAGAAAAGAAAAAAAUAGCGCGGAAUAAGAAAAUUAGAAAAAUAUUCCAUCUUUUUUCCAUUUAGACGAAUGUCUAAAUGAUUUUUUUACCACGGAUAAUUUUGAAAUUGGAACAAAUGAGUGAAGCAGUUGGAGAAUUUGACAACUAACGAUAAAAUUGGAAAAAAAGGAAUAUCGUCUGUUCUGGAAAUAAAAUUUAAUUAACAUAACAAGUUAGACAUUAAUUAAAAUCAGAAUAAUAUUAAAUUAACUUCGUAAUUACGUUAUUUAAGUUAAGUUCAAUCUACAAUCUUCCAUUAUACUUCAGCAAUCAUCUUUCAAAUCCAUUUUUUUUAAAUAUAAUAUAUAUAUAUAUAUACGAAUAUUGCGAUAAUUUGAUAAAAAAAAAAGAUCAUGUUAUAUUUUCGAUCGAUUUAGAUUCUCUAUAAGAUUCUCUACGGGGCGAAUGAAUCGCGAGGUCUCGAGUUAGAUUCUCAUCAAUUAUUCUCUUAGAUCUCCUAGUUUAUUAGCUUAUCCUCUUUUUCAUACUCAUCUUUGGCAUUCUUCGUCGACUCGAUCGAUAAUAUCGUUAUUUAAGAAUCCCGUACGAUGAUAUUUUGUGGUACGACGUCUGUUGUAAAUAGAGACGCAUACACGCAUACGAAGAAGACAGAUAAAACAGGUGAAAAGAAAAAGUUAUAUAAAUAAUUAGAAAAAAGUAAGAGACGAUCGAGUAAGAUAUUAUAUUCGAAACGGAAUUGUCGCGUUCGCCACGUUAUUCCCUAGUGAAUGCAUCGUAAAUGCAUCAAUAGCUAUGAUUUAUGCCCGUGUUUCACGUGUGCGUGGAGCGUUCUCGUUCGAAUCGAGGAUAUAUAAAAGAUGUUUUAAAAAACGUUCCAAAUUUGUUCAAUAAUUCUCGAUAAGCAUAGGAUAUAAAAGAAAAAAAAAUAUAUCUCGUAAGCUAGGUUUAAGCACGAUUCUUGAUUAAGAGAAAUUUAAAAAAAAGAAAAAUGUCUGUCUGUUUCUCUCUUUCUCUCUCCUGACACGCACAGCGCGCACCGGAAGCGUGCGCCAGUACAAAAUGCAUACACACACACACAUCCAUAAUACACGCGCACACAUCGACACGCAUAUACACACAGAAUCCUCUGGAAAAUAUUAAGCUCGUAGAUAAACCAAAGAUAAGAAAAGUUUGGUGUUAGUCGUUAAGAAAGCUCAUUAACACAAAACCGAAUAUUCAGUAUCCGAUCGAUUUUUUGAUCGAUCAUCAUCGUUUAAAAACAAGAUUAAUCGUCUGGAAACUCCAAUCGUUGGCGGAGGAGCAUCGUUGUUUCGAUCGAUGAGAGAGAAAAGAAUAAAAUAAAUGAAUAGCGUAAACACGUUUAACUCUCGUACGAUAAGCUUCGAGCUAAAGAGGAGUUUGACGAACAAACGAUGAUCCCUCAUUUUUUUAGAUAUACGUACAUACGUGUAUGUAAAAAAUGGUGCGAAUUUUUGUUUCGUAUCAUCCGAAAAUAAGAAUCCGUUCUAACAGCAAAUUGUAGCGAAAUUGUAGCAUUUUUCUAAUCGAAGAAUAAGAUCGUGUAAAUUUCGUUUUGUUUCGUGACAUCGAAAAGAAAAGGAAGGAGAGGAAAAUAAUGAUAAGAUAGACGAGCAUGAAACACAACGAAAUUUCGCGAUUUCCGUUCUUUUCUUUUUUUCUUUCAUUGUGCAUAAGAAUUACGGCAUUGAUCGUUGUUUCUAUGUGACAAGGAGAGGAGACGAAGAAAAACGAUAAACGUCGAAUUUAUGAAUCAUACAUCAUGCAUCAUACGUGCGUGCAAGUACAUAUGUACACGGCCCAUUUCGGAUUUUCACUCGUGCGUCAUACUCGUUAUCAUUAUUGAUAAUUUUGCCGUAAUUAUUAUACAUAUGUACGUAUAGAUGAGCGUAAGGAAUACGCGCAUACGAGCUCUUUCUUCUUCACACCAAGUGAUUCUAAUUUUUAAGCUAAAAACGCAUGGGCGUGAAUGCUCUAUGAUGUAAGUUCUAAGAUUUUGAAUAUUGUACUACUUAUUAUUAUUAUUAUUAUUAUUAUGGAUUCACAGUCAAGCCGUAAUAUGUAUUAUAUGUUCUUUUGUAAGAUCUAAACGAUAAAUAAAUAAAUAAAAAUCGUCGAGAAAGAAGAA